CCUCGCUUGACCGACACUUCUCUACAGCAAAACAUGCCAGAAGGAUGUCCGUGCAAGAGCCGACACGGCAAGUGACUAUCACCGAAGCUGUUGCUCGCAAAUCCAUCGCAAGCAGCGAAAGGAACAAGAUAUGUGAAGACUGGGUUGCCACAUGUACUGCCUUGAAUAUUCCACUCUCCAAAAGUGACCACCCAGCAAUGAGGAAGUUUCUUUUUGAAAAUGUAACGAAUGGAGGAGCCAUUCCUGGAUUUCACCAGCUGCAAGAAAAAUACCUAGGCAAUGUUUACCUGAAAGAAAAGGAGGCACUCAGAAAACGUUUAGCCAAAAAGCCUGUUGCAGUCAUAUUUGAUGAGACUCCAGAUGUAGAGGGGAGAUGUGUUCUAAACAUUCUCAUUGCACCCUUGGAAAAGGAUGAAUUUUUGACACCGACAAUGCAGCCUGCAUGA